AUGUCCAUUCGUUCGACCAACCAAAGUGACCUCCCACAUCCGCUCGGUGCCAUGACCUUUGACGGAGAUCCAUGCUCAGGUGAAGACCCUCUUUCCGACUUCGAUCCUGAUACCCUGGUUGCCGAUCAUAACAGCACUGAACCAGUUGUUGCUCUUGAGUCUCGCACCAUGGAUGGACCACCUCUCUGCUGCCUUGUCACUGGCCAAGACUGGCAAGUGUGCAGAACGGAUGUGAUUAGAACAGGAAUCUGGUAUCUUAAGAACCUGAAUGGUCUUUGUGGUGUCGGAGCAAGAAGCUGCGUACGCAUUUCCUGCAGUCACAACUCAGCUAUCUACCUGUGCAGCGACCCAAGUUGUACAUACCUGGCUGGCUUUGCUCAGGAUAUUGUCAACGUAUGUGUCUGGUGGACUCCCAUUCUUGAUUACACAUGUGGCCAAGAAUUCGACACUGAUAGUUUCAAUGUCAUUAUGUCUUUCAAUCCGGGCCGCGAUGGUAGCCCAUGUUGA